AGCGCGCAGGUCUCCCAUCCCCCAGACGGCCUCCGGGGGGUCUUUGCAUUUACCUGCUCCCGCGCGGUUUAAGAGAAGUUGGCUUCUCGGGCAGUGGGUAGUCUCCUUUUCUGCGGCAACGAUUCAACAGAAUUUUGUGCAUCAGYCGUGAAGCGGCGGCAGCCGCUCCUAUUUGAGACCAAGCGGGGCUUUGGGCUUCGGAGUAGCCUGCCUCUCUUUUCUGCUUAGCUUGGAGCUUGUGAGGUGACUCUGUCUGCAUUUUUCAGCUGCAGAACAUGUAGUAGCUUAAAAGGUUGGCCAUGAUGAAUAAACUGGAAUUAAAGGAAGACAAGAUGCUGGAGGUUCAAUUUGUGGGAGAUGAUGAUGUUCUUAAUCACAUUCUUGAUAGGGAAGGAGGUACUAAAUUAAAGAAGGAGAGAGCUCAGCUUUUAGUCAAUCCCAAAAAAAUAAUAAAGAAGCCAGAAUAUGAGUUGGAGGAAAAUGAUGAAGAAGUCUUAAAGGAUCAGAACUAUGUGGAAGUUUUGGGAAGAAAUGUUCAAGAAUCCUUGAAAAAUGGCUCUGCUACAGAUGUUGGAAAUAAAGUUUAUUCUUUUCAGAGUAGAAAACAUUCUGAAAAGAUGGCUAAGUUAGCUUCAGAACUAGCAAAAACAACAAGAAAAUGUGUUUCAUUCAGUUUGAAGAAUGAUCCUGAAGAUACAAUAAACAUUCCUCAAAGUAGCAAGGGGCAUUCUGCUUCAGACAAAGUCCAGCUGAAGAACAAUGACCAAAAUGAAUUUCUGUCAACACCACCUCGUAGUCUAAGAAAAAGAUUAAUAGUGCCAAGGUCUCAUUCUGACAGUGAAAGUGAAUAUUCUGCUUCCAACUCAGAGGAUGAUGAAGGGGUUGCACAAGAGUAUGAAGAGACCACUAAUGCAGUCACAUUCAGCCAAAAGAUUGAAGCUCAGAAUACAGUAGUUUCGGCUUCUGUUUGCAAAGGAACACCUUCUAAGAAAAUGAAAAGAGAUAAAAGAAAUGACUUAGUAGAAGAAUAUUUUGAAGCUCACAGCAGUUCAAAAGUUUUAACCUCUGAUAGAACACUGCAGAAGUUAAAGAAAGCAAAACUGGACCAGCAAACUCUGCGUAACUUAUUGAGCAAGGUUUCUCCUUCCUUUUCUGCUGAACUUAAACAAUUAAACCAACAAUAUGAGAAAUUAUUUCAUAAAUGGAUGCUGCAGUUACACCUUGGGUUCAACAUUGUGCUUUAUGGUUUGGGUUCUAAGAGAGAUUUACUAGAAAGGUUUCGAACCACCAUGCUGCAAGAUUCCAUUCAUGUUGUCAUCAAUGGCUUCUUUCCUGGAAUCAGUGUGAAAUCAAUCUUGAAUUCUAUAACAGAAGAAGUCCUUGAUCAUAUGGGUACUUUCCGAAGUGUACUGGACCAACUAGACUGGAUAAUAAACAAAUUUAAAGAAGAUUCUUCCUUGAAACUCUUCCUUCUUAUCCACAAUCUGGAUAGCCAGAUGUUGAGAGGAGAUAAGAGCCAGCAAAUUAUUGGACAGUUGUCAUCUUUGCAUAACAUAUACCUUAUAGCAUCUAUUGAUCAUCUCAACGCACCUCUCAGACUUUCUUUUCAAGAUUUUUACCAGCAGUGUCGGGAAGCAUUCCUUGUCAAUAGUGAUUUGACACUCCGAGCCCAGUUAACUGAAUUCAGGGACCACAAACUUAUAAGAACAAAGAAGGGAACUGAUGGAGUAGAAUAUUUGUUAAUUCCUGUUGACAAUGGAACAUUGAUUGAUUUCUUGGAAAAGGAAGAAGAGGAGGCUUGAAGCUAUCUUUUACUCUUGUAUCUUCCAUUGGAAGGGUUGUUGUACCCAGCUGCCACUCUAGUCGAAAGUGUUGUUUACAUCCAACAUUAGAUUAUUUUUYCAGCAUAUAAUAAGAUUCAACGUUAGGAGAGGAUAUGUCAUCAAUUAGAUCUUUUGAUUAGCCUGGCUGGUGUACCAUCUCUAGUACUAUGCAAGUGGUCCUUGAAUUGCAGAAAAUGUGCCUUUCACUCAUUACCUCUCUGGAGACUUCUUGCUGGAAUGAUCAGUGUGCUCAGGGACUAUUUGGAACUGGAUGCUUUUGAAUUCUUUUCUACUAAAGAUAUUAUUCCUAAUUUUUUGAGGGCCUUUUAACACUCCUGGAGCUGAUUGUAAGUGUGCUUGUUCCAGAGCACAGAAAUACAAAGACAGGCAUCACAGAAGUGUGUUCUUUGUUUCGGAACAGAUGAGUGGAGACAAUAGAUCAUUUCUUGCUGUUUGUGAAAUAAUUUAAGAAAAGGUCUGGGGGAGAAGAAGUAGGUGAUCUGCCUUUCUCCUUUUGAAUUUAGGCUACAUACUUGGUAGGGGGGUAAUACUAUUCAGUUGGGAAAGUGAGAUAAGCAUAAGGACGGUAUAGGGUAUAUACCCAACUUAGAAAACAAAUCAACUAUAGAUCUUAUUUGGAAAAGUCAUUAUCUUAGCCAUGACCUUGACCUUUAUGAUACAAGUGAGAAACCAGGCUAAAGAAACUGAAUCCUGACUUAGUUAUUGUUUUCAGAACACAAAAUAAAACAUUUCAUUAUUCUUGUAUAUUGACAAUAGUGUAUUAGUGGUUGGCUGAAAAUGUUGGUUUCUCUGUCAAGUAGACAUUAAUCUCACUGUAAGAUACUUCCAUUUUUUGUUAAAGUGACAAUUUCAAGCCUCCUAGAUAUUUACAAAAGCUUUUCUUAUUAUCUAUAAGCUGACAACAGUGGUCAAGCUUAGCUUAUAGAUUAUACAAACCCCCUGAAAUAUGUCACACCUGAAAAUGAAAUUCAUUUAAAUAUCAUUGUAAUAAAGUCUUCAGUGCAUCAGUUUUUCUUAUUUCUUAUCCUGUAAACCUUUUUCAUGAAAAUAUUUCCAGAAAUAUUUGGAAGUUUUUUCAUAUAAUUAAUUUCAUGUUAAGUCCACUUAUUAAGGAUUUAGUCUCAUAUAUAACUACUAACCAAAAUAUGUGAACAAAUUUAUACCUGAAUAUGAGAUUAAAUAAUUUAAUAGUACCAAAGGAUAUUCAAUGAAAGUGAAUUUCUUUCCCAUUUCCUAAUCCCUGGUCCUUUAGGUAACCGCUGAUAGCAGUUUCUUAAGUAUUCUUCCAGAGGUAAUCUAUGCACAUGUAACAAUAUGUCUUUCUCUUUCAAAAACAUAAUGGUAACUAAUGUACUUGCUGGUUUGCACCUUGCUUUUUUGCUUAAUAUAUCUAGUUUUGACAACUGUUAACAGUAUAAAAACUAUAUAAAACCUUUAAUAAUCUAAUGUGCAAAUUUUUGCAUUUGCCUUUAAAUAUCUACUGGUUUAUUUUUGUAAUUUUUGUGUUUACACUAUUUGCAAGCAGUAUGUGUCAAUAGAAUUUACUAUUAAUAAAAAGCCAAUUUGGAUAGAAU